AGUCCCACGUGGUGCGGAGACUUGAGUAGCCACCUUAGGUCCCCGCUGACUUUCUGGGCUGUUGGGUCGGCUGGCAGCACAGAUGCCGAAGAUCAAGUCCGGGGCGAGCGGCCGCCGCCGCGAUCGGCAGCAACAGCGUUGCGAGCUGAAGAGCGCUGGAGGACUCAUGUUCAAUACAGGGAUUGGGCAGCACAUUUUGAAAAAUCCUCUCAUUGUCAACAGCAUUAUCGAUAAGGCUGCCUUACGACCAACUGAUGUGGUACUGGAAGUUGGACCUGGAACUGGCAAUAUGACUGUUAAGUUGCUAGAAAAGGCAAAAAAGGUAAUUGCCUGUGAACUUGACCCAAGGCUAGUAGCUGAACUUCACAAAAGAGUUCAGGGCACACCUCUGGCCAGCAAACUUCAAGUAAUGGUGGGUGAUGUGUUGAAAACUGAUUUGCCAUUCUUUGAUGCGUGUGUGGCAAAUUUGCCUUACCAGAUCUCUUCUCCUUUUGUCUUCAAGCUGUUGCUGCACCGGCCUUUUUUCAGAUGUGCAAUACUUAUGUUUCAGAGAGAAUUUGCUCUCCGAUUGGUUGCAAAACCUGGAGAUAAGUUGUACUGCAGACUGUCAAUUAAUACACAACUGUUAGCACGUGUGGACCAUCUAAUGAAAGUUGGGAAGAAUAACUUCAGACCACCACCAAAGGUGGAAUCCAGUGUUGUAAGAAUAGAACCUAAGAAUCCACCACCACCUAUCAAUUUUCAGGAAUGGGAUGGCCUGGUGAGGAUCACCUUUGUUAGGAAGAACAAGACACUGUCUGCUGCAUUUAAGUCAAGUGCAGUACAGCAGCUAUUGGAAAAAAACUACAGAAUUCACUGUUCAGUCCAUAAUACUAUAAUACCAGAAGAUUUCAGCAUAGCAGAUAAAAUACAGCAAAUCCUAACCAGCACAGGUUUCAGUGACAAGCGGGCCCGGUCCAUGGACAUAGAUGACUUUAUCAGAUUACUACAUGGAUUCAAUGCAGAAGGUAUCCAUUUUUCUUAGGUCUGGAAGACAGAAUUUUUCAAACUCAAAAGAAACUGGAACUGUAUGUUUUUAAUAAUCUGAGAAGCUGAAGGAUGCUUUCGUUCA